AUGCGCAGGUCUAGCACCGAUGAAUCGACCUAUCACAGGAGUCCUUCUUUGGACAGCAAGGAUUACAGUUUUCCAAAUGGCGCCUUCCGUCGCUACAGCAGCAUGUAUGGCGGCCAGUUUGGGGCCGCCAGCAACUCAUUUUUUGGAUUCCACACCAACCCGGGCCCUAAAGCCACCAAGGCUAAGUACACGUCCCCCAAGGGGAACAAGUACGUUGUCUUUUACCUGGAUCUCUCGUUUAUUUUUCUCCUAGAGCUGAAGAGGUGCAGCAUGGCUCACAACUGCCUGCAGUGCAUCAAGUACCUAAUGUUUGUCUUCAACCUCCUCUUCUGGCUGGGAGGCUGCGGGAUCCUUGGAGUUGGCAUCUGGCUGGCUGUUACCCAAGGGAACUUUGCUACCCUCUCCUCUUCUUUCCCAUCCCUGUCGGCUGCCAACCUGCUGAUUGUCACAGGGACUUUUGUCAUGAUCAUCGGCUUUGUCGGCUGUAUAGGUGCCAUCAAAGAAAACAAGGGCCUCCUGCUGAGUUUUUUUAUCAUGCUGUUAAUUAUAUUCCUGCUGGAGCUCACCAUCGUGAUUCUGUUCUUCGUCUACACCGACAAGAUUGAUAAGUAUGCUCAGCAGGAUCUGAAAAAAGGGCUUCAUUUGUAUGGGACAGAUGGAAAUAUUGGCCUAACUAAUGCAUGGAGCAUCAUUCAAACAGAUUUCAGAUGCUGUGGGGUCUCAAACUACACUGACUGGUUUGAAGUGUACAAUACUACACGGGUGCCAGACUCGUGCUGCUUGGAAUUCAGCGAGAAUUGUGGACUCCACUCGCCGGGGACCUGGUGGAAAGCUCCUUGUUAUGAGACAGUGAAAAUAUGGCUCCAGGAAAACCUGCUAGCAGUGGGGAUCUUUGCCCUGUGCACAGCUUUGGUUCAGAUUCUUGGACUGACCUUUGCAAUGACCAUGUAUUGCCAGGUAGUCAAGGCAGACACCUACUGUGCAUAG